CUCAUAAUAGUUAUUCGGUCGAGGUUACCACUUCUUGUGCGCACUUAUCUCUAGUCAACCCUAUCUGAGGCUCUGUUCUACAGACGAGCAGCGACUUUUCAGGACCAUUCUUGCACUGUUUUGAUCUUUUCACUCACACACAGAUGAGUAUUCGGCACACAUUACAUCUGCCUCAUUCAUAGCUCCGCUAUUUUCCUACCAUUUCUGCUGUCAAGCGACCUCAAAUAUAGUAUGUCUGUCUCAUACGAAUUCCUUUUCAGUUUUGAUCUCUGUCACUUGGCAAGGGAAUGCGAACGACGCUAUCUGGCAAAAGCAGAAGCGUCCGGGUGAAGCGUAUUCGCAGAUCAACCAGACCCCUAAGGAAUCGAAACUACUCGGGCAGUGACGAAAGCACGAUUCCCGCAGUUGGACAGAACCUCGACACUCCGAUCCACCAAUCUCCUCGUCCUUUGUCACACAAAAGUGCUAGAGUUCGUAGGACUGCGCUGCGACACCAAUGCUUGGAAGACUUGUAUUCUCGAACACCAGACAGUGAGGCUGGUAGUCUGUUGCCGCUGGCUAUUUACGACCGCGUGAGCACAAUAUGCGAUCGACCCUUUGAAAUCGUGGACGAAUGGAUUGCGGCCGGUUUCCCAAAGUGCUUCGAACUCUGCCAACUUGUCACUCAACCUACUCGGUUGGUGAUAUGGCUGGCCGAACGCAGACUCAUUGCUAAUUGCUUCACAUGUGAUAAGUGCUUCGAGCCGAUGCUUUUGCGCUCUGCCAAACUACAACGACACAUGUACCUUUGGGUGUGCCGCACGUGUAAUCGCAAGUUCUCCAUCCGUAUCGGAUCGAUGUUUCUAAAGGCCGGUGUCCUUGAGCCGAGUAUCAUCCUUAUGUUGUACCUGUGGUCCGUCGGAUACACUGUGGACUUUUGUGCCGCCGAAGUUGAGUGCUCCCCCACGUCUGCGCGGUGGUACAUUUGUCUGGCACUCAAAAGUGCUGCAGCGCAGCUACGACGUGAUUUUCAGCCACUUUCCGGUAUCGUGGAACUCGAAUGGCAUUCGUUCCUUCAGCCCACCAGUCGCAGAGAUGGAUUGUCAUUGCUUUGCGGAGUUGAGCGAUCCACGCGAAAGGUGUUCGCUGUCCCGUGUUUAAAGCCCCAUGAUAAGCUCACCGUGAGACGACUAAUUCAGAACAACGUCGAAGUGAGUUGUGCAAUAUUUUGUCGUACGCUUCAUUGUCAACUUUCUCGUUACAGCCUGGUUCCGUUAUCGUCACGCGCGACAUCCCCUUGUUCACCGCGCUCCAACUUCGAAGUCUGGGAUAUCCACACUAUCUACAGGAUAGCCCACAUCAAAUCGCUCUGGACGAUGUGGUGAUCGAUUUAUCGCUAGUGAACGAGUUCAUCGAUGGGAUCGAAAGUCAUAUCCGCAAAUUGGGUGGACCUGGGAUAGGUUGUACAGACCUCCUCCUUGCUGAAGUGAUUGUUCGUCGAACAUGGGGCAGCCAACUUUUACCGAUGAUUAUCUAUUCCCUUGCCAAGACUUAUCACGUAAAACCUUAACUACGAAUAUUAAAUGAAUGCAUAAUUACUUUUACUUUUCGACUGUUCGAGAGACUGUUCCUACAUAGGGAAAGAUCAAUUAGUAAAGUUUUUUAUACAAAUGAUGAUGUCCA